UAGUCGCCGCGCGAAAUUAUUAUUCAAGUGGACAGAGGUCGGUCGCCGCCACUCUGAAAUCAAUGCCACCUCGGCGACGCACGACUGCGCUAGUGACCUCGACCACGCUGCUCCUGCUGGCGCCAGCACACGCGACGACAAGCGGCCUCGCCGCCUGGAUCGAUUCGGCCAAGGGCUACCUCGUAGUGUCCAACGUGGCCACGCCCGAGCUACGCGCGACGCGCACGUGCGCGAGCAUCACGCUCGACUGGGUCCCGCUGCCUGACGCCGACCACCGCUACACGCUUGAGCGUCGGCCGGACCGCGCGAUGAAUUGGAAGUGGACCGCGCUCUCGGUCGAGGAGGCGGCAUCGCCGCUGCUCUACUUCAACGACACCCAGAUCGACAACAGCCGCGAGUACACGUAUCGCCUGCACGUGCGGACGCCGGGGCAAGUGCCGUCCGACUUUGUGUACGCGGUCGCGGCGCCGUCGGCAUCAUGCAUGGACUGGUCCGAGUUUGCAGCUGCGACCGUGCACUCGCUCAGGAUACGCGUCGACACCGUGGUCGCGACGACCGCCAGGAUAGCGUGCUUGCUUCUCGGCAUCCACCUUAUCUUGCUCGUCGUGCGCAGCUACCUCGGGCUCGCGCCCACCGCGCGCCACCACCUUCGCCGGCUGCCAUCGACCUCGCCGCCCACACCGACAACAGAGCUGCGUCGUCGCAAAGCCAACUCGGACGUGUCGUGCAGUAGCACGGAGAACGAAAGCGACAUGGACACGCCGCGCUUGAGCCAAAGCAACGCGAGCAGCAACGCGCAGCUGACGGCAUCGCACGUGUCGUCUGCGAUGGCGUCGGUCACGAGCCUGCGCGACUCGGAGGCCAAGGAGGCGCGCUGCCACGGGUGCCGCAAAAAGUUUGGCCUCUUCCGCAAGCGCCGGGUCUGCGCCACGUGCCGCAUGAUGCUCUGCCGGCCGUGCGGCAUUGCGCGGACGUCCCCCAGCGUCAAGCAGUACAUUUGUCUUCCCUGCCGCGCCGACGCCGCGGCCUAA